GUGAUUCCUGCUCAGUGCUGGCUGAGCUGGAGGGAGGGAUUGGGUCCCGGAGCCGGCUGGAGGAAGAACAUUCGGUCACAGUGGCCUCUGGAGAAAAGACUCGCUCGGAUUGGUCGCUGCUACAUCAUGCGAUCGGUCUUGUAUUCUAUCAUACUCUCCAUUUUAGUGAUUCUCUCUCUUGUAUUGAUAUUUUAUUUCACCUUCGGAGGUGCCCAGGCGGAAGAACACCUGAAACUUAAUGCAACAUGCAAAAAUGAAAAUCUUAUUGGGAUUUGUAAAAGUAAAGACUCGUGCCAUAGCAGUCUACCAGGUGUAAAAUUGGAAUCUUGCAAUGGUGAUAGCUCUCUUGUAUGCUGCCCACUUGAGGAAAUUACAAUAUCUAAAGGCCACAAACGAACUCCAGGAGAAAAAGCAAAAGAAAUGUGCAAGAUAUAUGGAGAGACAGCUUAUAAAUAUGUUCCGAGCAAUGAUUUGUUUAACACAAAACCAAUAAAAAGUAAACUAUGUGACGGAGGUGUACCGCUUGUAAAAGGAGGGGAAAAUGCCUCAGAGAAUGAAUUUCCUCAUAUGGCACGGAUUGGCAUCUUUAAUAGUGAUUUAGGGAACGUGGAAUGGCGGUGUGGUGGAAGUAUAGUGAGUCCGAAAUUCAUUCUUAGUGCAGCCCAUUGCCCUGUAACAGAAAAGAAUGGCUUUGCUAUGUUUGGAACAAUUCAAACUUAUGAUAUACUUGAAAAUCAUACAGUUUCAAUAAUGAAAGUACAUAUUCAUCCUCAUUAUAAUGCUGCAGAAAACAAACACGACAUAGCACUGUUUGAACUAGAGAUUCCACUCAAUACAAGUGAAAGACCGAUCUGCCUGGAUACUGGAAGUUCUAUUUAUAAUGAUAUGAUAGUGACAGCAACUGGUUUUGGGUUGAAUAAAGACCAAGAAAUUAAAGUUCUUCAAAAAGUUGAUUUAAAUAUUGUUGAUGAAAGCUCAUGUGCUAACAAAUAUAAACAAUCAAUUAAAGAUAUAGAAAUACCUUUUCCUGAACAUCCUCUUUGUGCAUAUCAAGAAGGCAAGGACACAUGCAAGGGUGAUUCUGGAGGACCACUUCAAAUUGGUCAUAGCGAUCUUCAAUGCAUGUACACUCUAAUUGGAGUAACAUCUUUCGGCGUCAACUGCUCUCUGGAAAAAGAUCUUCCUGGUGUUUAUACGAAAGUAUCUCCCUACAUAGGAUGGAUAGAAGACAUUGUUUGGCCUAUAUAAGAAUUCGUUUUAACAGAGAAAGCGGUGUUCAAAAAUAAUUUAUUUCCUUAUUCUGAUUUAUACAUAUGUGAUUAUUAAUGUGAUAUCUGCCAAGCCAGGAACAUUACAAGAAACAGAGAACAGUGACAAUCCUGUUUUAAAAAAGCUCCCCUACACUGAUAGCCACAGCAGGGUGAGGCAAAAGAAUAACUGAUUAUUUAUGUUUUUGCGACUAUUUAUUGUAUGUGUGAUUAUUUAUGUUAUUUAUGACUAUUUAUAUUAUGUGUGAGUAUUUAUGGUUUCUUAAUGGUAUACAAAUUUUAAAAUUAAAUUUUGUAUAAUUUUUUGACUGAAUCAUUUCUUUUAAUCCUUCUUGUAUAGUAUGCAAUCGUAUAAAACCAAAAAUUAAAUAGAU